AUGUUUUUUUAUUGUCUAUAUAAAAUAACUGCAUAUUUAGAUAAACCUAUUGCCCUUAAAUUAUACCCAGUAAUUGAACAAAUUGUUAAACUUUAUCCACAAUCAAUAGUUUAUCCAUUUAAAUUAAGUUAUGAAACAUUACAAUAUUCAAUUCAAGAUCCAAUAAUAUUAUUUAAAAAUCCUGUUGAAAAAGAAUUUAAUGAUUUAUUUGGUAAAAAUGGUGAAUUAUUAUCAACAAUAUCAUUAGGUGAUACACGUUUAAUAUUAGGUAAUAUAUCAUUAAAAUUAAUAAAUAUUAUACAAGAUAAAACAAAUAUAAAUCAUUAUUCAACAUGCUUUUCAGCAACAUUUCGACAACAAAAUCGUAUAUUAGAUAAAUCAUCUAUACGUCAAUUAGAAAUACCUGGACAAUAUACAAGUAAAAAACAAAAACCAUUAAUUGAACAUCAUAUUAAAAUUGUUGGUUUUGAUGAAAAACUUUUGGUACUUGAUUCAUUACGUUUACCAAAACGUAUAACAAUACGUGGACAUGAUGAAAAUGAUUAUAGAUUUUUAGUUAAAGCUGGAGAAGAUAUACGACAAGAUCAACGUAUUGAACCUUUAUUUUCAAUUAUCAAUGAUCUUUAUGACAAUGAUCCAAAUUUUAUUCCAAUGUCAUCAAAAUUGGGUAUGAUCGAAUGGCUUGAUAAUACACGUCCAUUAAAAGAUCUUAUUCAAGAAUCAUAUAAUGAUAAUCAACUUGAUAUAAUAACAAAUCAAGGUCAACAUCCAAGAAAACUUUAUCAAGAUUAUUUAACAAAUACAUAUAAAAAAGCUAAACCAACAGCUAAUAAUACAAUAAUGUAUGCUGAAUUAUUUCUUAGUUUAACAAAAGCUCAAGUUCAAGAAGAAUUUAAUCAUAUACAAUCAGUUAUACCUGCUGAUUUACUUCGACGUGCUUAUUAUAAAAUAGCUAAUUCUCAUCAGGCUUUUUAUGCAUUACGUCGACAAUUUAUAACAAGUUAUGCUGUUUUAUGUACAAGUCAAUAUAUACUUGGUAUUGUUGAUCGACAUCAAUUGAAUUUUCUUAUUGAUACAUCAUCUGGUCAAAUAAUUGGUAUUGAUUUUGGUUCAGCAUUUAAUGCAGCUACGAUUCAUUUAUCCGUACCAGAAUUAAUACCAAUUCGUUUAACACGACAACUUACACAAUUAAUGUCACGUAUUGGUACAGCUGGUUUAUUUCGUGCAACAAUGAUUUAUAGAAUGAAUGCAUUACGUCAAAAUUCGGAUUUAUUACUUAGUACAAUGGAUGUAUUUAUUAAAGAACCAUUAAUGGAAUGGAUGGCAAGUUUUUUGUUUAUAUUAUAA